AUGACGAACGACAACGACAAUGACGACGACGACGACAACGACAAUGACGACGACGACGACAAUGACAAUGACGACGACCACCACAACAACAACAACACUAACAACAACAAAAUGACAACGACUUGCAUUGCAAACUGCCUGGCUAGUACAGAGCAGCGCUCAUCCAACGUUGCUGUAGCUGCCAACAAGCAAUCUGCUCCCAGUGCAUGGCUCUAUCCACACACUGGUAACACCGGUAGUCACCCUGCAUCUUGUACCCCCAGCACCCACUCUCCACCGAAGAAUACAGCCACCGGACGCGAGGUCACACAACGACGCAUAACCACAGCAACAAACGCUCUCCUCCAAGCCACACGGCAAGAGCCAUUGUCGCGGUAUCGUGGUGGAGUUGGAAAGUGGACAUGUAUCGAAUUCUGGGUGGAGCGUGCGGCCCUCGCUCCUUUCAGCCCAGGUCCAGUCUGCAAUGACCACUCUGACAAUCGAGCGAGACGUGCGUACUCACUCGCCCACCAGGCCCGCCGAUAG